UCGAUUUGGAACACUUUUGACAAUUAUUCAGAAUAUUUGCUAUCACUACUCUUGCACGUACGUUUUAGGUGACCUUUUUGGGAAAUAUAAUAUACUAGUGAAGGGAUACACGGAAUUAUAAAGUUGUCAUGAAUGUCAACAGACUGGUUGUGUUGCUUAUAUCUAUGGUGACCUUAAUCAACGCCGAAACAUGUUACUUUAACGCUUGCCAGGAAACAGGAAAGUUGAAUACUAAAUGUCUGUUCACUAUAGCAUGCAAAACAGAAGGAAAAUUUGCGAAAUGCAAUAUAUCUGGAUUGGCAUUCAACAAGAUACCUCCGUUGAAGGAAGGGUCAUCAUGCAUAGCGCCAGCCAUGGUUCCCGGAUUUAAAGAUUACUGUUAUAAUUUACUUAACAACUUCAACUCGUCGCAACCUGCACCAGCCAAUGUGCAAAACGACGAUGGAGAAGAUGACACUACUACAGGAAUAAUACGGGAAAGCAAGACACUAGUAGAUAGUGGCAACUGUUUUGGCACAACAAUACUCGUCUCCAUAGCGAUUGGUUGUUUUCUGGCAGGAGGUUUCAUCAUGUGGAUAAUAAUGUUCUGUUGUAAACUAUGCAAAUGCUGUGUAUCACGACAAAAAGAGGCAGUUAUUGUAAAUGGUGGACAUGGCAGUUCAAAUUGGAACCAUCAGAUCCACGACAGACCCAUCGGAUCAACAAGCUCAGCUCAGUUAUUAGGAAACGCCUCUGUCGAAUCAAUGAGUACAAACAACACACUUUUAUCUAAUGGUGACAGCCCGCCCUUUCAUGAUGUUGCAACACUUGGCCGUUCGACAGGAUCAUCAUUUACAGACUUUCAAACAUCCCAGAAUAGAUUUGAAGGCCAGCGGUAUAGACAUAUCCGCUCACCAUCAGACGCCUGGGCAGAAAAAAAGAACGCAUUUUUACCCAACACAAGGGCGCAGUCUGCACAAUGGAACGUUCCCAGACAAUCUACCUUGCCAAAUAUCCCCUCCCAGACAUCUGCAUGGGCUAGAACUGGUGGAGCGACUUUACCAAAUUCUCAGUCAUCUUCGGUUCCAUGGAAUACCCAAGGACUAUCUGGUUUUAUGACAGAACAUUCUAGUUCUGCACCUUGGUUAGACACAAUUUAUAGCCCUGCUAGCGAAAGUUCUUCCCGAGACUACCAAAGUAUACAAGGAGGUUCUGAUAACCCGUACGCACCCUGCAGCGAAAGCAGUAGUGAUUAUUCAGCUCCUCAUAGGGUAAUGAUAAUACGUGAUGGAGAGAUAUACCAAGCCAGUAGUGAAAGCAGCGGGAGCAACAAUGAUUACACAAGUCUCAAAGGACAACGUUUCAGCCGACUUAACGAUGCUAUUUACUACCCUACGAGCGAAGGUUCAAAUAAAGAUUAUGCAAGUCUUCUUAACGAAAGAGAUGCAAAUGAGGCGACAGAACACGUAUCUGAUGGCACAAGUUUGAUUAAAAAGAAGGAAAGUGAAGACAGUUUUAGUAACAAAUCAUUUAAUGUGAGCGGGCUGACAUUUCCUGUGCAAGCAAGCUGUAGGUCUAACUUAGGGUGGACAUCCAACCUGGAGGAGAUUCAUGAAUAUGAGACGGUGGACGCAACACGAAAAGAUGGAGAUGGGAAUGCUUGUAAUCUAGAAGGUGAUGUUGCUACCAUAGCAGAUAUGUGUGACGUCAAUCACAACACCGAAACGUCGAUACAACCGCAUGAAUACUUUAAAUUAGAGCCGUUCCAAUCUGAAAAUAUAUGAUAUGUUAGUCAUGUGAAUUUGAAACACACUAUAUAUAAAUUUGUUGAAAAUA